AUGACAUCCUUGUCGAAGGCCAUCGACAAGCACUUCCCGGAGCAUGGAGAUGUGAUGGCGUCCGAUGUUCCAGCCGCGAAGAUCGAAGUCCUGCGAGACGCAUUGGUGGCAGGGCUGCAGAUGUUGCCGGUGCCCUCGCUGGAGAUGAUCCGCAAGUCGUUCGGUGUGUCUUAUGGCUUGAUCAUCCGGCACGGCCCGGAGCUCUGCCCGGAGUACAUGGUCCACCUGCGGGGGCCGAUGCCGGCGGAGAAGGUGGCCCGCAUGCGAGAGCUGUUGCAAGAACGCCGGCACAGUCUCCGGGACAUGGGCAGGCAGUUGGGGAUACUGGCCGAUCAGCUCCGCUGGUACAUCAGCUACUACGAGCCGGGGGUGGUAUUACCCUAUUCCGAGGAACGGCCGGUGUGGCAACUCACCCGGCCGGAGGGUGUGGCCCGGCUGACGCUGGCCGAGUACACGCGGCGCUUCUUGCCGGCCACUUCGCCGGUGCACCAGGCCCCCCCGGGUGAAGGGUCGCCGGCGGGCGAGGGGAGCCAUGCGCCGGCCGGGCCAUCGGCGGCCAAUCGGCCGGUAUACUUCGACCCGCAGGUGCAUGGGUCCGGUCCGGGGACGAAUGUGCCGAUGCUGGCGCUGACGUUGAGUCGGGACCUGGAAGUCGAGACCCGGGGUCUGGCUGGGCUGCGGCCCAUCGUGUCAAUACGGGAAAUGUGUGAGUAUUUGGGCAUGCCCCUCAAAACGUUGAUGAGUGCGAUGUCCUCCUUCGGAUGGCCCGAGGGCUUUUGGGAUCCGCGACCGACAUUCCUGAAGUACGCCCUGGCGGAUGAGGACAUCCGGCGGCUGCGGCGGCUGGCGAGGCAGGUGCACCCGUCCGGCCGGCGGAUGCGCUUCACGGUGCGGGAGCUGGCCGCGGAGAUGGGCCAGCAGCCGGAUGUGCUGUUCGGCAUGCUGUACCG